CAAGCAAAUCCGCAUCUGUCGCUCGCCAGCAGAGCCAUCGAACAGCGACCAACGCACACGCCUUCUCAUCCACCCGCAUCCAGCCAUUCUUCUGCCAGCAGCCAUGGCGAGACUGACCAAGUUUGCCGACUACGUCCAGAAGGGAGUCACGGGCGGGCUCGUCGCCUUCACGGUCCUGGGCACUCUGAGCAUGCUCAGCACAUGGUCAGGCAUCGCUGUGAAGUACGGCAAGAUCAAGGCCGCCCAAUCCACUUCAUCAGAGAAGCCGGACGAUCCGCAGGACCCUCGACUCAAGGAGCUUCGAAUCUGAUAUCUGCAUGUCCACACGACAGCACCAAUACACUCCAUUGAACCUCUUGC